AUGCAUCCCGAAUGUCCAUCAACACUGUCCAGUCCCUCAAAGAACGAGCCACCGCCCUCCAAAUCACCCACAACUCCACACCUUCGCACAUCCUUCCUAUCCCUCCCCCUCGAACUCCGCGAACAAGUCUACGCCCACCUCUUCUCCGACUCCCCCGGCUGGGCCGGCGAAACCAAAAUCGAGCUCAGCGACGAGCAAGGCAGCAGCGGCGACCCCGUCGACAUCUGCCUCAAGCUCCACUGGUACUGGUUCCUAGCCAACAGACAGAUCGCAAGAGAAGGCGUCGAAUACGGCUUCCGAUGGACAAAAGUGCGCUUCGUCGGCGGCCCAUGGGUCCUGAGAGCCCUCUUCGAGAAGAUCAAAACGCCGUGGCUCCGCCGUCCUCUCACGCCCGAACAGCGCAUCGCCUGGGCGCAAUGCUCGCCUCUCCCCUCCUCCCUGGACAAAAUAGUCGGAGACGGCGCGUACGCGCUCUGUUCAAACCCCAAUCCACCUCCCAGUCUCGAACCUAACCGUCUAGCCCUCCUCCGCCAUCUCGAGCUCGCAUGGACGACCAUCCCACACGACAUCGGCAGCGCAAGCGUCCUAGCACGCAUCUCCUCCUUCGAGCUCCGCCCGCUCUUCACCCUGAUCGCGCACGACAUGCCCAGUCUGGAGUGCAUCACCACAUCCCUGCGCUUCCGCUCCCGAAGGGAUACCCGCGACGGCGGCCUGACGCGCGCAGAAUGGUUCAACGUCGAACUGGCAAGCUACGCGCUCGCACUGCUGCUCUGCGCGCACUCGCCGCACUCGCCUACAACUCCACACUUCAGAACCCUCCGCAUCCGCUACAUGGCCCGCAACCCCUGGGCCGCCAUGGAACCGCCCCUCGCCCUACCCCUCGUCACCUCCUCCCCGCUCUUCACUCACCUUCGCGCGGAAAGACUGCCCGAGCUCGCCGCCGUGCUGACGGGUGUGCGCGCAUGGGGCUUCUGCGUCUCUGAGGAUACGCUUGCUGUCGCGUCCUCUGUCGUGCCCUGGGAUCCUAUGCGCGACACGCAUAUGGUUGGGGAGGAAGUGGAGUUUGUGGUGCGGGUGAGGGAGGGGUGUGAGGUGCGGGAUUUGUGUGUUCCGGAUGGGGGGAUGGGGGCGUUGGGACGGCGGAAGGGGUGGGGUGUUGGUGUGGGGGUGUAUGGUGGUGGUGGUGGUGAGGAGGAGGUGGGUGAGGGUGAGGGUGAGGCGUGGUGGGAGGAUGAGGUUGAUUGGACGGGGCUGGAGGAUAGGGAGGCGUAUGGGCGGUUCUUGAGGGAUGGGUAUUGUCGCGAGUAUAGGCCUUGGGAGGGAUUGAGUGAUGAUAGUGAUUAUGGGCUAGGAUAUGGGGACAAUGAUGAUUAUGGGGCAGCCAUGGAUGACGAGACCGACGUCCGGUGGGGAUCGUGA